AUGAAGGAACCGCAAGAUCGUCGCGCAGUCGAGAGCGAUGACACUGAAUCGCUCGCCUCGGACGAUGUCCCCCUCGCCGUGAUCAGGCCCAAGCUUGUGGAGCUUCUGGAGCGUGAGGCGAAGGGCAUCUUCGCCUAUGAGGCAAAGCACCCCCCAGACGACAGUGAACCACCUAUCCACUUCUCUGCCUCAAAAGAGGAGAUAAUGAGGCCCAUUCUCCAGGCACGCGCACUCCUCGGCGCCGACACCGACGACACUGAUGAGAUCGACGACAACUUGUCUCUACUUAUCGCUGCACUAGCCAAAGAAGCCCAAGAGCUGCUUCAAAUCCGCUCCCGCGAACAGAGUCGCGGGAAAACAGUGCGAGAGCUAUUCAGAGACCACGUCCAAGAGACGAGGCAGGCCAUUGUCGAGCUCGUCUCACAAAUCGAUGAUAUCUCCAAGAUUGUGGAAUCAUGUGUGGGAUCUAUCCAUUCACCGCGAUUGUCUUAG